CUUUGAAGUCAUUUGAUUAAGGUCUGCAGGUCAUACUUAUCAAGUUUACAGUUAAGGUUGUUUUGCUUGAGCUUGCCUUGUCAAUGGCAGCAUGAGGGGAACAUACCAAUGAACAACAACAAAAGAACUUAUGGGGAGAUCUAAGCAACAAAACAACUCACCUGUUUUCUGUUUCCAUUUUCUCUUGCGGGGAAGCAAUCUUAGGAAAAAGAAGGCUACUGACUUUCAGAAAAACCAUGGCGGCGUGUGCUAGCGACGGUUGGCGGUUUGGGUACUGUCCUGUUUCAGACCCAUUGAGUGGCUUUGAGCAUGGAACUGGUGACACAGCUGUAGAGUUUGUGCCAAGAAGUAGCAGCGCAUCAGUGUCAGUGACUGCAGUAUCUUCAUCGACUGUUUGUUUCUCAUCUUCAGAUCCUGUACUAGUGCCAUCUAAUGAUUCAAGGCCUGCUGGUACAGUGGGUACAAUAAAACGUGAAGUAGGGAGCCAUCGAACUCUUUCUGCUACAAAUGUUGCUCCUAACUCUCAGAAAUCAGCUGGUUCUACCAAAGAGUGGAAACCAAAGACUACGAACUCCACAGUAGCCCAGGUUUCUGGUAUAGCUAGCUCGACAGAAGUUCGUAAUGCACCAGUUGAUAGUGUUCUUCAUCAGUUCCUCAAUCACAGCCAGCUUCAGGAGGUGAUAUGGAAGAUUUAACUUCUAACUUACAGAAGUUGGAGCUGCCUCUUCCACAGCGACAUCAUGUUAUCAUGCCAAACCAUAUUCAUGUUCCGGAAUCGGAGAGAACCAAGUUGAGCUUUGGAAGCUUUGAUGCUAACUUUGUUGUAACCUCAAGUUCUACUAGUGGGUCAGAGAGUGAGAAAAGCUCCACUCCCUUGUCCGAUGCAACACUCAAAGUUGAAGAAGCUCUGGAGCAGCCGGCAGCAAGGUGUGUUUUAGUACUAUGGACAUGGAGUUUGUUAUUGAGUUAGAUAGACUGGUGCUAUCAAAUAUAGGCUGUAUACUUCCAAACUUUUCCUGACUUGUUAUACAUGGCUACCAACAGUCAAGUUGCAGUAGGAAAUUAUUGAAGUACUUUUGUUUCUGUUUACUAUUUAUUUGGUGUUGAACCAUUAGGAAAU